CGGUAUUUCGCGGGUCUGAUCGGCAAAACCGUUUUUCUCCUUUCUCCCUUGCUCCCUUUCUCUCUUCCUUUUUCGUUCUCUCUCUCAUUUCCAUCUCUCUUAGCGGAAGAGGAGAUGAUCCGCCAUAAUCCCCGCCCACAAUGAUGAUUCCUUUGAGGAUCUUUGAAUCUGGGCAGAUUGUGUUUGAUCCAAGUCUACAUGAGAUGUAAUGUCUCCUUCUCAUAAUAGGGGCUUAUUGAUAUAUAGUUUGAUACAUUGAUUAAUAUUCGUUGGGAGAAGGACGAAGGGGGAGAAACAUGUCUGGCUUUGAUGGUGUUAUGGUUUCCGAUCCGGAGCUUCGUGCUCAAUUUACUCAACUCGAGUUGCGUGGCCUCAACACGAGAUUUCUUUCUGCAAGAAAUCAAUCUGGAAAUGUCAAGUUGGGAGAUUUGCCACGGGUUAUGUCGCAACUGAAGGCAUUCAAUGGGGUUUUGAGUGAAGAUGAGAUUAAGGCCAUAUUGAGUGAGUCAUCUUCUGACUUGAAUGAAGAAAUUGAUUUUGAAUCCUUCCUGCGGGCAUUUCUCAAUCUACAAUCACAGGCCCCUGCGAAUUCUGAUAGUACAAAAAUUAAAAGUUCCUCUCCUUUUCUCAAGGCUACCGCUUCAAACCUUCGCGAUACGAUUAUCGAAUCAGAAAAGGCUUCUUAUGUUUCACAUAUCAACACCUUUCUAAGAGAUGAUAAAUUCUUGAAGCAAUUUCUUCCUAUAGAUCCAUAUUCAAAUGCAUUAUUUGAUCUAGCAAGGGAUGGUGUUCUUCUGUGUAAACUCAUUAAUGUUGCUGUCUCUGGAACAAUAGAUGAGCGAGCUAUUAAUACCAAGAAAGUUCUUAAUCCUUGGGAAAGAAAUGAGAAUCAUACACUUUGCCUUAAUUCCGCAAAGGCUAUUGGCUGCACAGUGGUCAACAUUGGUACAGAAGAUCUAGUUGAAGGAAGACCACAUCUCAUCCUUGGGUUGAUUUCUCAAAUUAUCAAGAUACAAUUGUUAGCUGACCUCAACCUGAAGAAAACUCCUCAACUUAUUGAACUGGUGGAUGAUAGUAAGGACAUGGAGGAGCUCAUUAGCUUAUCUCCUGAAAAGAUUCUGCUGAAAUGGAUGAAUUUUCAUCUUAAAAGAGCAGGAUACAAGAAGCAGGUUACAAAUUUUUCUACUGAUGUGAAGGAUGGAGAGGCCUAUGCCUACUUGCUCAAUACUCUUGCACCAGAAUAUGGUUCAACUAGCACACUUGACACAAAAGAUCUUAUGGAAAGAGCAAAUUUGAUUCUUGAGCAUGCAGUGAAAAUAGGCUGUAAAAGAUAUAUCACUCCAAAGGACAUUGUCGAGGGGUCACCAAAUCUCAAUCUUGCAUUUGUUGCCCUAAUAUUCCAACAGAGGAUUGGAUUAUCCGUUGACAACAAAAAGUUAUCUUUCGCAGAGAUGAUAGCUUAUGAUGCUCAAACUUGUAAAGAAGAAAGAUGCUUCCGAUUGUGGCUUAACAGCCUUGGAAUUGAUACAUAUGUCAACAAUUUAUUUGAGGAUGUUCGUACUGGGUGGGUUCUCUUGGAAGCCCUUGACAAAGUUUCCCCUGGAAUAGUAAAUUGGAAGCAAGCUACAAAACCUCCAAUUAAGAUGCCUUUUCGAAAAGUUGAGAAUUGCAACCAAAUUGUAGAAAUUGGAAAAGAAUUAAAUUUCUCACUUGUGAAUGUGGAUGGAAAUGAUAUUAUGCAAGGAAACAAAAAGCUCAUAUUAGCUUUUUUGUGGCAGUUGAUGAGGUUUUCUAUGAUCAAAUUGUUGAAACACUUGAGAUUUCAUUCCCAUGGAAGGGAGAUAUCAGAUACUGACAUACUAAAUUGGGCAAACAAGAAAGUGAGAAGUGCUGACAGAAAAUCUCAGAUUGAGAGCUUCAAGGAUAAAAGCAUUUCAAAAGGAACUUUCUUUCUUGAACUUCUGAGUGCUGUCGAACCAAGGCUUGUAAAUUGGAGCAUAGUGACCAAAGGGGAAACAGAUGAUAAUAAGAAGCUAAAUGCAACUUACAUAAUCAGUGUUGCUCGCAAACUUGGGUGCUCAGUUUUUUUAUUGCCCGAGGACAUAAUGGAGGUGAACCAGAAGAUGAUGCUCACUCUGACGGCAAGCAUCAUGUACUGGUGUUUGCAGAACAAAGGUGUUGAACCAGAGGAUUUAUCCCCGGCAAGCAGUAGUGCAAGCAGUACUGCAGGCGAAACUGUGGUGGCAGCUGAAAUGUCCACCAUGUCUGUAGAGGAUGGCAAUGAUCAGCCUUCUGAGGCUGGAGAUGAAAAAUCAGGGUUGCAAGAUCAAACCAUCUGAUGAGGUAUUAUAUAUAUAUAAUAUAGACAGAAGCAUUAACUUUUAAUCCGCUGAUGUGGCGCGUUUGGAUUCGUUGUUGGAAAGUGGCACUAACCUUUAUAAUGGACAAACAUAUUCACCAAGAAGAAGAAUAACCAAUGGACAGUGGCAGUAAAAGAAGGCAUGUGAAAGAUCAUAUAUAUAUUCUAUUAUAACAUAUUGUAAUUAGGCAAAAUUUCUUAUAUAGUUUAAAAGGUGUUGAAUCCUACAAUGAAGCAUGUACAGUCAUAUGCGCGGUAAUCUUCAUUUAUAUAUAAUUAUGUAUUGUAAAUUAUUUAUUAUCCGUCCAAAUUAUUUAUAACUAAAUGAGUUAAA